GUCGGCACACUUGCCACUUCGCUGCCGCCGCCGCUGCCGCCACUUUUGAGCCGCACCCUAAAAGCAACGCAACGCGCGCGCGCGCGCCUGCCCGCGGAACCAGUGUCAAUUAAUUUCUCGCCCUUCUUUGUUUGUUUCGCGUGUCACUCCGCUCGGAUCUUUUAUCCACCACCUCCAACGUUUCUCUCUCUCUCUCUUUCUGUUGCUCUCCUUCCUCUCUUGACGCUCGGUCGGUUCACUUCCUGCGCUACGCCGCGCGCUUUCGCUCAAGUUCGCGCCCCCUCUCCCAACUGCCGUCACUCUGCUGCCCGAGCAGCAGCAGCAGCAGUCAGAUAUCCGGGAAAUUACGAGAUACGGAGCGCUCGUCGCCUGUUAGAACUGCUGCGGUUGUCCCGUCAACGAGGGAACUCGAGCGGCGAUCGCGCUCGGCCGGCCGUGGAGUGUGUAAAAAACAAGUGUUGCGAACAGCGCUGCGGUUUCGAAAACUCGCGGCCGCCGACUGUCGUCAGUCGCUCAUCGCUACGCGGGACGUCCGAGCGAGCUACUCCGCUGUGCGUUGGACGGUCCUUGCUUCGAGCUCGCGUCUCCUUUCUCUUCGUCAUCAUCAUCGUCAUCGCUGGAAGGAAGGAGAAGAAACACACCCACUUCCUACGCCACUUUUCGUCGUCGUCGUCGUCGACCCCGUGACGGAAUGCCACUUUGAACGCAGCAGGGGCAGCGGCAGCCCACCGGCUGUGAGGAGGAGCACGACGAGGGCUAGCCGGCAUGGCGCAGAGUCGGCCCAUCAAGAUGGUGGUGGUGGGUGACGGCAUGGUGGGCAAGACCUGCCUGCUGGUCGCAUUCACUACCGGAGCCUUUCCCGGCACCGACUACGAGCCGACCGUCUUCGACAACUACGCCGGGAGCUUGGUCGUGGACGGCGUCACUGCCAACCUGACGCUGUGGGACACCGCGGGUCAAGAGGACUACGAGAAGCUGAGGCCGCUUUCCUACCCUGGGUCGGACGUCUUCCUGCUGUGCUUCAGCAUCAGCAGCGAAGCCUCGUAUAACAACAUCUUGACAAAGUGGCAACCCGAGCUCAAGCAUCACUGCCCCACGACGCCGUACGUCUUAGUAGCUACCAAGGCUGACCUGCGCCAGGAGGAGACGGCAGAGGACCUCGUGAGCAGAGCAGCGGGCAAGAAGCUGGCCUCCAAGAUCAAAGCUUACAGCUACAUCGAGUGCUCAGCCAAGACGGGAGAGCGUGUCAAAGAGGUCUUCGAAGAGGCGGCCCGGGCAGUACUCCAGCCCAAAUCUUCAAGAAAGAAGAAGUUACCUUGUAGGUUUUUAUAGGCAUGCCUGCCGGCAACAUAAGCGACGUGUUGUGUCUCACUUAUUUAGCACGCUGUACAUGAAAAAAGCCUCUGCAUUUUUUUUUUGUAAAUAGGCACACAUAUCAGCGUCAGUGCAUCAUUCCUCGAUAACUUACUGACAAUUUACUUAGUGGCACUGUCGUACCAUACAAGUUACAAUAAAGGAAAAGCGAAUCGUC